UGAAAUCCAGAACUAAAAAUUCUCUGCCCAAACAGGCACAAGCAAAGAUUUGAGACAGAGGAGAGGCGACCGACGCUCACGCGCUCCCUUGCAAACUUCUUAGCUGCCUCCGCCCCGCCCACCAGAAAAAUAAAAAUGCAAUUUCAGAAACUCCAUUGAUUGCUCCACCGGAUUUUCAACUCAGAUUCUGAAGCUCUAUCGCCUUUGAUUGAUGGUGGAUUUUUGAAAAAUGUGCGGAAUUACGGCGACCCGGCCCUGCCCAAUUCGGUGCUAUAGUAAUGGUUUUGGGGAAAAGAGGCUCGGUUUUGCUGGUACCGUAGCAAAGGAUGCUCAGAGAUCGCAAUUUCUCAAAAUAUCCAGGCCUUUUCUUCAGGAGGAAUUUCCUAAACUUUCAAUGAGGGCGGCAUUCAAAGGUAGAGGUAUUCAAAUGGCAUUGGCAGAUGAGAGACUUCUGCAAAGGAGAGCUGUAGUAAAGCCUGCUGACAUUUUGGCAUAUGAUCUUGUCCAAGGAGCUGAUGUUACAUGGAGUUAUAUUCUGGGAAGAUCAGUCCCUGAGCCUCCAACAGCUGUUCUUCUACAUGGCAUUCUAGGAAGCAGAAAAAAUUGGGGUACAUUUGCUAGGAGAUUAGCAAAGGAAUAUCCGAAGUGGCAGUUUCUCUUGGUAGACCUGCGAUGCCAUGGUGAUUCAGCAUCUAUCAAAAAGCAGGGACCUCAUACUGUUGCAGCUGCUGCCCUUGAUGUCUUAAAGCUUCUUGGGCAGCUCAGAUUAACUCCUCGGGUUGUAGUUGGUCAUAGCUUUGGAGGAAAAGUUGCCUUGAGCAUGGUUGAGCAGGCUGCAAAACCACUUGCACGACCUGUCAGAGUUUGGGUUCUAGAUGCAACACCUGGAAAAGUUCGAGCUGGUGGAGAUGGAGAAGACCAUCCUGCUGAACUGAUAGCUUUUCUGAGUAAAUUGCCUGAUGAGGUCUAUUCAAAAAGGGAUAUUGUAGAUGCUUUAGUACAGGAAGGUUUCUCAAAGGAUGUGGCACAGUGGGUGGUAACUAAUCUGCGACAGAGUGGCCCUCCUGGUUUGCCGUCAUCAAGGUUCUCAUGGGCAUUUGAUCUCAAGGGCAUUUCUGAAAUGUACAAGUCAUAUGAAGAAACCAAUAUGUGGAAAUUAGUGGAAGAUGUCCCUCGGGGUGUACAUGUUAACUUUUUGAAAGCAGAAAGAAGUUUGCACAGGUGGGCCCUUGAAGAUCUUCAGAGAAUUCAUGCUGCUGAGGAGCAAGCAGUUGAGGAGGGAGGUGGAGUUGAAAUGCAUGUCCUUGAAGAUGCUGGUCAUUGGGUACAUGCAGAUAACCCUGAUGGGCUCUUCAAGAUUCUUUCAUUCUCUUUUCAAGGAUUUUAGGCUCUUAACUUCGGCAAGGAUCUGUCAACUUCAAGGGUGUAGUCUCCGAGCUACUGUGAUCAUUCUUUUUGUCCACCGAUUGCUUCUGACUUUUCAGUCUUCUCUUAUUCUUUUUCCCUCCCUUGAUAUAUGCAUCAUUUUGUUCUAUGAAAACCUGAUCAUGUUGUUGUAUUACGGGUUUAAGUAGUAGGAACUCUAUACUUGCAAGGUUUGGGGAGCAUUGACAUUGUGAGAUAGGUA